AUGACAACACCAGAGAAGACACAUGUGCUUAAAGUGCUUAUUCUCCUUUUUAGCCAUUUUACUGUCUCAAGCCAGUUAAUCUGCCACAGACCCCAGUAUCAUGACUGGCACCCCGAACCAAGGAACAUCACCCUGAGAUUGUCUCUCAUGGAGAACACCUGCAAGAAUGUGAAUGAAUGCUGGACUGGUACUUUGGAAAGCAUUCAAGAGCAUUGGACAGAUCAGUCGUAUGCAUUUCAUCAGUUAUGCCCUGUGGAGGUUCAGUUGGAAGAUGCACUAUUUGUCUUCACUGACUUGAUACUAGAGCAGUAUGGAAUAAAUCUAAUCAAUGUGUCAAAAGAAGAAUUUGACCGUUGCUUUACAGAGCAUGUACAGAACAAACAUGUUUUUGCCAGCAGCAUGAAUGGUAGCAUGCAGGUGGCCUCAAAGUGGCUUUCCCCUGGCGUUCGUUAUUUUGCCGCCACUCAUAAAGGCAGUAGCCAUUUAUGUCAGCUCGGCCUCCGCUUUGGUGUGCUAAUCAAAGAGCAACACUGUCAGAGCUCUCCGCAUCUCCACCUGUGUUCAGGAAAAGGUGUUUGUAGGGUGAAAAUUGGACAGCUUGCAUAUGGCUGUCAGUGCCACAAGCCCUACUCUGAACCUUACUGUGAAGCUUUGGACAUGUGUUCUGAAGGUCCAUGCUUAAAUGGUGCAACCUGCAUAAGUAAUCACUCUGCUGAUUCAAAUCAUGCUUCUUACCAGUGCUUGUGCCCAUCAGAUUUUACAGGUGACUGUAUUAACUGCUCUGAAAUUUAUGGCCAAACCAAUUGUAUCAGGCAUUGAUACAAUUGGUUGUGUGUCCAUCAGGUCUCUCCAGUUAGUAGAAUGUGUCAUCUUGUUGCUGGCUACACAGGCACAUUCUGCACAGAGAUUAAAGGCCCCUGCAGCUCACAGCCCUGUAGGAACAGAGGCACAUGUGAAGAAUGUGGUGAAAAGUACAUUUGCAUGUGCCCAGAAGGUUUCACCGGUUCCGGUUGUGAAGUGAUGUUGGAACACAACUGCACAAGGCUCAAAUGUCAGCAGGAACAAGCAUAUGGCCUUGGCAAAUAUGGCUGGAUGGAGGGACUUUGUCAAUACAAGGCCUGCUUAAUUUACCCAAACUGGUACUUGAAUGGAGUUGCAUGCAUCGGUACAAGUCAACCAACAGCAUCUCCACUUAAUAGAUUUUUGAAGAUCAAGCCAAGCAAGUCCAGAAGCAUCUCCAUUGUCAAGGGGAAACUGUCAGACCACUGCUUCCACAUUGGCGAUGAACCCAUCCCAACGGUCUCCGAGAAGCCUGUGAAGAGUCUGGGGCGCUGGUAUGAUGCCUCCCUCAAAGACAAAGAGCAAGUAGAGCAGCUCAGGAAGGACAUAGCCAGCGCCCAAGAGAACAUCGAUAGAACCCUGCUUCCUGGCAAGCUCAAGCUCUGGUGCAUGCAGUAUGGACUCCUGCCACAUCUCCUCUGGCCACUAACCCUCUACGAGGUUCCACUCUCAAAGGUGGAAAAACUGGAGAGGCUGGUCAACUCUUAUGUCAGGAAGUGGCUUGGCCUUCCCAGGUGCCUCAGUAGCAUUGGGCUUUAUGGCAAAGGGAUGCUGGAACUUCCCAUCACCAGCCUUGCAGAAGAGUACAAGUGUGCCAAGGUCAGACUAGAGAUGAUGCUCCAAGAUUCCCGUGACCCAUUUGUGGCCCAAGCAGCACCCAUCUUGGCCACUGGGAGGAAGUGGACCCCGCUGGCUGCAACAGAGCAGGCAAAGGCAGCACUCCGACACCGUGACAUCGUGGGACAUGUUCAGGAGGGGAGGAGUGGUCUUGGCCUUGGUACUAGCAGACCGACUUGGAGCAGGGCCAACCCAGCUCAGAGAUGCAAGCUGGUGGUUCAAGAGGUACAUUUGGAAGAGGAAGCAGCAAGGCGCACACAAGCCGUGUCACAGGCAAAGCAAGGGCAGUGGUUGGCAUGGGAAGGAGUAGAGAAGAGAAAGCUCUCCUGGAAAGACCUUUGGGAGAUGGAGGCAUUCAGGGCAAGCUUUACCAUCAGGGCUGCAUACGAUGUCUUGCCUUCCCCUGCAAACCUAAGCCAAUGGUAUGGCGAUGACCCCACAUGUUCCUUGUGCCCAAGCCCAGCAACACUAAAGCACAUUUUAGUGGGCUGCAAGAUUAGCCUCACUCAAGGCCGUUACACCUGGCGACACAACCAGGUACUAAGAUGUCUUGCUGCAGUGCUGGAAUGCCAGCGGGUGAGCGCAAAUGCGCUUCCUCCCCCGCCAUCCCACUGGCAGCCAACACUCUUUGUCCGGCAGGGUCAAGCCAGCUUUACCAUCACCAGUAGGGCGGACAUUGGGCAGCUGGGUAGAGCACAGGACUGGAAAAUGCUGGCAGACCUGGACAAAAAGCUGUGCUUUCCACCGGAAAUUGCAUCCACCAACCUGCGUCCAGACCUUGUUUUGUGGUCUUCCUCACUCAAGCUCGUGUACAUCAUUGAGCUCACGGUACCAUGGGAGGGGGCGGUAGAGGAAGCCUAUGAGCGGAAGAAGCUGAGAUACGCCGAUCUUGCAGCAGAUGCCAAGCAACAAGGCUGGAAUGUGAAGGUACGCCCGGUGGAAGUAGGCUGCAGGGGAUUCAUAGCCACCUCAACAUAUAGGCUACUCAGGGAGAUGGGGGUGCAAGGGAAGGCCCACAGGCAGGCAAUCAAGGAUCUCUCCAAGGCUGCUGAGAAGGGGAGCCAGUGGCUGUGGACCAGGAGAAAGGACCUGACAUGGGGCGCCAAGUGUGUGAUGGCUGAUGGGAGUGAACCUGGGACGCUGGGAUUCACUGCUGAACCCUCUGGAGGUGUCGUGUGUAACAGUGGGGGACCAAUGGGGAACAAUGAUCAUUUCAUCAACACUACCAGCAGUUACAGCUGCAUUUGUGCACCAGGUUGGACAGGACGAAACUGUUUAUUUAACAUUAAUGACUGUACUUGGCACUGCUGUCAGAAUGGAGCCACUUGUGUGGAUGAAGUUACCAGGUACAGUCGUCAAUGUGACCACGGAUACACUGGGGUCUGCUGGGAGCUUGACAGUGACUAUUGCAGUAGGCAUCAGUGUUCAGAACGUGGCAUCUGUGUGGACCAGCAGCACAACUACACCUGCCACUGCCAGCCAGGGUACAAAGGAGUGCUCAGCGAGAUCAAGACAGAUGAAUACAAGAGUCCCCCAUGUGCUAAUGCUGCCACCUGCAUGGAUAUUGUUGCCAGUUACUGGUGUCUCUGUACUGCUGGAUUUGAAGCCACAGGGCAUCCCAGCAGCGAUCACACUUCAGCUUUGGGGAGCAAGUAUUGGUGGGAGAACAUCGUCUCCAAUAUCAACCACUUUGUCUCCUUGUGCUCCGCCUGUGCCCAAGCCAAGACAUUGUUUGUGACCAGGGUCCCCAGUUCCAGUGAUUGGUGCAGCCCGGUGGUACUGGUACCAAAGAGGGAUGGCAGCAUCAGGUUCUGCAUCGACUUCCGGCAGGUGAACUCUCUCAGCAAGGUGGAUCCAUACCUGAUGCCCAGGAUUGAUGAUCUGGUGGAAUGCCUGGGAAAGGCGAAGUACAUCUCCACCAUCGACCUGUCCAGAGGGUACUGGCAGGUGCCACUGAGUUCACAGGCCAAGGAGAUAACAGCUUUCCGCACCCCCUUUGGACUGUAUCAGUUCAUUAUGAUGCCUUUUGGACUGCAGGGAGCACCAGCCAGCUUCCAAAGAUUGAUGGACAAGGUCUUGAGGGGUACCCACCAGUUUGCUGCUGCUUACUUAGAUGAUGUGUGCAUCUGGAGUAACAGCUGGGAGGAACACUGCCAUCACCUCAGACAGGUGUUGGACCACAUCCGAGAAGCAGGGCUCACCAUCAAUCCUAAAAAGUGUGCCCUGGCGAAGCAGGAGGUCCACUACCUGGGCUACGUCAUCGGUGGUGGGGUCAUAUGGCCACAAGUGGAGAAGGUUGACACCAUCCAGAACUGCACGCCACCCACUACAAAGAAAAAGGUGAUAGCUUUUUUGGGUUUGGUGGGAUGGUAUAGAAGAUUCAUUCCUGACUUCUCUGCACGUUCCUCUCCCCUGUCUGAGCUGACCAGAGCGGCCGCACUGACCAGAGUGGUCUGGACUGAGCAGUGUGAGGUGGCGUUCCAGGACCUGAAGGGGGCAGUCUGCAAUGACUCUGUUCUUAAGAGCCCAGACUUCAACAAGCCCUUCAUUGUGCAGACCGAUGCAUCUGGAGUGGGCCUGGGUGCAGUCCUGCUACAGGAGGAGGAUGGACAGCGCAGACCAGUGGCUUUCAUCAGCCGGAAGCUAUUUGACCGGGAGAGGUGGUAUGCGUCCGUGGAGUUGGAGGCCCUGGCCAUCAAGUGGGCUCUGGACUCUCUCCGACCAGUCCGGGAGCUCCUCCAGACCCUCACCAUCAUCCUCCAACACCAGCACCAAGAGCUUCUUGCACUGUCCAAUGAACAGGGGCAGCAUUUCCUGGCUCUGUGUGAGGCCCAGCUGAUCAAGAUGGGGCUGCAGGAUGACACAGAAACCUUCCUCAAGCUGUUUGAGCAUGUCGCAAAGAAACAUAACCUUGACUCUGGUUUCUGCAUUAAUAAUUCCACCUGUGUUGACCUACUGGGGGAUUAUGCAUGCAUCUGCCCCAAGGGAUUCGCUGGGGAUUAAGUGUGUCUGUUUCUUUCAGAUAAAAACUGCUCCACAGAGGUUACUGACUGCAUGACUCUGAAUAAAGUAUGUCAAAAUAAUGGCACUUGCUACACAGAGAAUGGAAACUUCCAUUGCAGGUGCCCACCAGGUGGGGAAGGCCCUGAUUGCUCCACCGUGGUUAGAAAACUGAUGUCCUGUCAAUGUCCUGUUUGAGAAACUUCCACAUGUGAAGAGCCAAGAGGCAGUUUCAAGUGUGUGCCUUCGUGGCUGCAUGGAGCAAGUGUUGAAACUCCCAUGAGACACUGUUUCAAGGGAUUGUGCUGCUAUGGAUCAACAUAUGUGGAUUUCCCUGAGGAUUUUUUCUUUUCUUUUCUUUCAGGGUUAACUGGACAAUUUUGUGAGCUCAACAUUGAUGACUGUGCCAGUAAGCCUUGUGGAACAAUUAGCAUCUGCAAAGAUGGCAUUGCUACUUACCACUGUUUCUGUGCACCUGGAUUUAUUGGUAAUAACUGUGAGAUUGAAGUAAAUGAGUGUCUAAGUCAGCCCUGUAAAAAUGGUGCAUCCUGCCUAGACAAACUCAACUCCUUCAGUUGUGUCUGCCCAGAUAGAGCCACAGGUCCUUUAUGUGAAAUUGACAUCAGCAAAUGCCUGUCAUCUCCAUGUCUGCACGAAGGCACGUGUCUGGAUCUUGCCAGUGGCUUCAUAUGCAUUUGCCCUUUUGGCUUCUCUGGACCUGUAUGCGAGGUGGAUAUUGACGAAUGCAGCUCCUCUCCUUGCAAGAAUGAACCAACUUGCCAAGACCAGCCUGGUAAUUACCAGUGUCAUUGUGUGGAUCCAUUGAAAAGCAUACACUGUGAGUUCCUUCCAUGUGAAGCAAAUAAUCCAUGUGAGAAUGGGGCUGAGUGUGUGGAAGAAGUUGACUCCGAUGACUUCCCUUUGGGAUUCCACUGCCACUGCCUCCGAGGCUUCACUGGACCCCACUGUGAGCUCAACAUUGACGAGUGCAUCUCAAACCCCUGUGUCCACGGCUUCUGCUAUGACGUUGUGGAUGGCUUUUACUGCCUCUGUAACCCUGGUUAUGCUGGAGUGUGGUGCAAGCAGGACAUUGACAACUGCCUUAGCAAUAUGUGCGAGAAUAAUUCAACUUGUGUUGACCUCCAUCUGAGUUACCAAUGUGGCUGCAACCUGGGCUUUGAGGGCAAGUUUUGCGAGAUGGAGACAAAUGAGUGCGCGUCAAACCCAUGCAAAAAUAAUAGCACUUGUACCAACCUGCUCAACGCUUACAGUUGCUCAUGCCCUCGUGGCUGGACUGGCCCUGACUGUGGAGAGGAGGUAAAGGGAUGUGUCUCAUCUCCUUGCUUCAAUGGGGCCUUGUGUGUAGAAUCAGAUGACCCCAGCAAGUUCUCCUGCACCUGCCCUCCCUUCUUCACCGGCUCACUCUGCACACUGCCCUACGACCCCUGUGAUGUGAAGAACAACCCUUGUCUGAACAACUCCACCUGCCGAUCCAGACCAGAUGGCUCAGCCAAGUGCCUCUGCCCUGCAGGGAUUGAGGGAACUCACUGUGAUAUUGACACCAACGAGUGUGGCUCUAGCCCAUGCCAAAACAACGGCCAUUGUGUGGACAUGGUCAACAAUUACUACUGUAACUGUAAACCUGGAUUCUCAGGUCAGCACUGUGAGGAAGACAUCAACGAAUGUGCGUCCAACCCAUGCCAAAACCAUGGCAUCUGUCAAGACCUAGUGAACAGCUUCCGAUGCUCCUGUCUGCCUGGAUACAGUGGACCCAUGUGUAAUCUGGAUGUGAAGCAGUGUGAAGCCUUAUCUUGCCUCCAUGGUGGUGUGCGUGUCAAUCAGCCAAGGGGUUUUAUGUGUGUUUGUCAGCCUGGAUACACCGGCAUGCGGUGUGAGCUGAAUGUGGAUGAAUGCACCUCAAAUCCAUGCCAAAAUGGUGGGAGGUGUGUCAAUGGUCCUGGUGGCUACCACUGCCUCUGUUCCAGUGGCUUCACUGGAUCUGACUGUGUGAACAACAUUGAUGAAUGUGCCUCAGACCCCUGUAUUCAUGGCAGGUGUUCAGACGGCAUUGACGCAUAUGACUGUCAAUGUGAGAGUGGAUGGAGUGGCCCCAGAUGCGAGACUAAUAUGGACGAGUGUGAAUCUCAGCCUUGUUUGAAUGCUGGCUUCUGUUUGGACCUCAUCGACAAAUAUGCCUGCAUAUGCACCAAAGGCUACAGUGGGACUCAAUGUGAGGUUGACCUGGAUGCAUGCCUGGAUAUGCCGAUGAAUUUUUCUCAUUGUUUUAAUGGUGGAACUUGUUUGGAUGGCCCUGGAUACAGUUUUGCAUGCAGAUGUCCAGCAGGGUUUGCAGGGGAUUUCUGCGAGCUGGAUGUGAAUGAGUGUGGCUCAAAGCCUUGUUUCCACGGCAGCAUCUGCCAAGACCUCAUCAAUGGGUACCGGUGCCACUGCCGACCUGGUUGGACAGGACUUCGCUGUGAGGAUGACAUUAAUGAGUGCCUGCCGCAGCCAUGCAACCAGGGGGUGUGCAUCCAGAAUGAACCAGGCCAUGGCUACUCCUGUUUCUGUCAGCCUGGAUUUGUGGGCAGAAACUGUGAGUAUAAUUAUGAUGACUGCUUGCUCUGGCCAUGUCCCAGUGGCUUCACCUGCGUGGACGGCAUCAAUGGUGUGAGCUGUGUUGCCGUGGAGACCAGUGUGACUUCAGCACCUGUUAUUUUCCUCACGAACACUGAACAAGCAGGAGAGAGCCCUCAGCCUGACUCCCUAGAAAAAGUCCCAAAGUGCUACCUCGAUCUAAAGGUGGUAUUCAACAAAGGGAAAGCCUGUGGUCUGCCUCCUUACCAUCCAUAUGACUGCACCAUUGACCUCCUCCCAGAACAAUUGGCUAUGGAGGAGUGUGUACAAGAAGCCCUGCAACAAGGGUACAUCAGACAUUCUACAUCUCCAGCCUCAGCAGGGUUAUUCUUUGUUGAGAAGAAAGGAGGAGGUCUCUGGCCAUGCAUAGACUAUCGGGGCCUGAACCAGAUCACAUAUGAGAGGCUGGAGAUGUCUAGGGAAGAUUGUCAGUUUCUCGACAUGGUCACACAAUCAGCUAAACUUGUGGAUGGACAUUACAGCAUUGCCCUGCCACUGAGGAAUAAAGACCUGAAGAUGCCCAACAAUCGGAAGGUAGCUGAGCAAUGCGCUCUGAACUUAAGGUUUAGACAAGAGGAAGUGGCAGUCAUGGCUGAUGUGGAAGCAAUGUUCCACCAAGUGAAGGUGCCUGAUGAGGACUCUGACCUUCUCCGGUUCUUCUGGUGGACAUCGGGUAACAUAAGUCAGGAGACGGCGGAGUAUAAGAUGGUGGUGCACUUAUUUGGUGGAACCUCGUCUCCAAGCUGCGCCAACUUUGCCCUGCGGAAAUGUGCUGAAGACAGUAGAACUCAGUCAAAUGCCCGAGCAGUUGACACAGUGCUCCACAACUUCUACGUGGACGACCGUCUCAAAUCCAUCCACUCUGAAGAGGAGGCAGUAUCGUUGCACCACACCCUGCGAGCUGUGUGUGAAAAAGGUGGAUUCAGGCUUGCCAAGCGGGUAAGCAACAGCAGGAUCAUGCUGUCUGCUGUUCCAGAAGAAUGCAGGGCAGCCGAGGUUAAAGACCUUGACCUGGACCAGGAUUCGCUUCCCAUAGAGAGAGCUUUGGGAGUUCGUUGGUGUAUCGAGUCCGACAGUAUCAGGUUUAAGAUCACCAUGCCAGACAAAGCACCCACCAUCUUAUCCCUCGUGAGCUCAGUUUACAACCCACUGGGUAUCUUAGCACCAGUGGUGCUUUCAGCUAAGAAAAUCCUGCAAGAGCUCUGCAGACUGAAGAUAGGCUGGGAUGUCCCAAUACCUGAGGAGCUAGCUCAUGCGUGGUCCGCCUGGACGGCUGCAUUACAACAGCUAGUGAACGUCAGCAUCCCUAGGUGUUUCAAGCCCACAGGUUUUGGUGAAGCAGUGUUUAAACAACUGCAUCAUUUUGCUGAUGCCAGCAAUAAAGGUUAUGGGACAGUUAGCUACUUGCUACAGAAGAAUAGCAGCAACGAAGCACAUUGUGCAUUUGUCAUUGGGAAAGCUAGCGUGGCUCCACUUAAGCCCACGUCAAUCCCUCACAUGGAGCUCACUGUGGCCACUAUGGCUGCCUGCAUGGACCAGAUGUUGAGAUCUGAACCGCAGCUGCAACUUCAAGAGUCCGUAUUCUGGACAGACAGCACACCCGUACAGAAGUACAUCAGAAACAGAACAAGCAGAUUCUGCACUUUCAUUGCUAACCACGUGGAGACCAUCUUGAAGAUCUCUGCACCUCGUCAGUGGAGGUACGUCAACACCUCACUGAACCCUGCGGAUUAUGUAUCAAGGGGUCUGAAGGCAGAGAAGUUCAUUCAGAGCCAUACUUGGUUACAGGGGCCGGAAUUUCUCACCAAAGACACUGAAGAUUGGCCUGAGAACCCAGAGCACCCUGGGGAUCUAACCACAGAAGACCCAGAGGUAAGAAAUGCCGUGGUCUGUGCUACUGCAGCUGGGGAUCAAAGAGACGCAGUAUUGGAGUUAAUGCAGUACUUCUUUUCGUGGAGUCGUCUUAAGAAGGCAGUCACUUGGACACUUAAGGUUAAGAGCGCUCUGCUGAACCUGUGUCGAAAGAGGAAGGAGUUGAACACUACUCUCACUCCAACUGAAGUUAACAAAGAGAUGAGGAACUUCAAGGCAAGUCUUUUGAGAGCAAGUGCUUGUAAGCUCACAGUGGAGAACCUUAAGGAAGCAGAGCAAGAGAUCACCUGCUAUUGCCAAGGAAAGACUUUCACCAACGAACUCAUGGCACUCCAAAAGGGUGAAAAUGUGAAGAGAAGCAGUAGUCUUUUCAAGCUUAAUCCAGUUCUCCAAGAAUGCAUUGUCAGAGUAGAAGGAAGACUCAGCAGAGCCGCUAUGCCUGAGGAGUCAAAGCAACCAGCGAUUUUGCACAAAGAUCUUCACAUUGCAAUGCUGAUCCUCAGAGAUAUCCAUGAGAACCUGGGUCACAGUGGUCACAAUCACGUGCUCUCCAAGUUGCGAUCCAAAUAUUGGAUCCCUGGUGCAAACUCAGCUAUAAGGAGAAUCUUAUCCAAGUGUCAGGUCUGCCGGCGCUCUCAUGGAGCUACAGGGCAACAACAGAUGGGCAACCUACCUUGCAACAGAGUCUUACCAGAACAGUCCCCGUUUACCAACACAGGAGUGGACUACUUCGGCCCGUUCGAGGUAAAACACGGAAGAAGUUCGGUGAAAAGAUACGGCGUGUUUUUUACAUGCCUGGCAAUCUGUGCGAUACACUUGGAGGUAGCAUUCUCUCUGGAUACAGAUUCCUUCAUAGCUCCUCUCCGUUGCUUUAUUGCUAGAAGAGGCCAGGUGAAGAUCCUCCGUUCAGACAAUGGAACAAAUUUCGUUGGAGCCGAACAUAUCACCUAUGGACAGUAUUCUGGCACUUCUUUCCUGGAAUUUGAGGGCAUUAAUCUCAGUGCUGUAAAUAAUAUCACAGUGAGGUUUCAGACUCACUCAGUGAAUGGAACACUGCUGUAUGUCGACCAAGGAGCUGGCUUCUUUUUUAUCAAGCUCUACCUUAAUAAUGGAAUUUUACAGUACGAUUUUUCCUGCAGCCAAGAAGAGGGAAUUCAUAGAAUUAAUACCAAAGGACAGGUCAAUGAUGGCAAAGAAUAUGUGGUACACAUGAGACAGGCUCUCGCUCCAUGUGAAGCAGAGGUUACUGUGUCUGGCUUUCAACAUGCUCAAAGUAAUCCAAACAAUUACUGGUUAGGAGUAACUUUCCAAACAACUGGCCACGUUUUUGUAGGAGGUCUGCCUCUCACUUAUUCUUCAUAUAAGGGAGCUGAGCCUUUAUACAACUACACUGGCUGUAUUGAAAUAAUUGAAAUUAAUAAGCUCAGAGGAUUUCACGCUUUCAAUGCCAUUGCUGGGAACAACAUAGAAAGCUGCAAGUCUUCCUGGCACCAGGACAGUCUGGCGGAUGUUGUUGUACCCUCUGAUGCAUUCAGUCCCCCCAGAGGAGAAGGCAUCAUCCAUCUUCUGCCAACCGUGCCCUCAUUGGCAUGCCCUGAUGAGCCAUGUCUCAAUGGUGGCAUGUGUCAUCCUCUGUUCAUGCCAAGUGGUGCUACAGCGUUCUUCUGUAACUGCCCUCUCCAUUACACCGGUCGUCUGUGUGAGAAAGAAACCUCUAUAUUCUUCCCUUCAUUUAGUGGUUCUUCAUACUUGGAGCUUCAGCCCUUUACUUCAUUAUAUACAAGUUUUGAGAGCACAUCUUCUGAAGACACAAUUACCAUUCAUCUUACUGUGAAAGCAAAGGCUUCCAAUGGAACUAUACUUUACACUGAGGAGCAGAAGUUUGGGGAUCGUUUUCUCCAUGUGUUCCUUCAGGAUGGAUAUCCAGGUGCCAGAUUGGGGUGCAGUGGCAGUGAUGUUUUGGAAGUCCUUUCCAGUCAGAUAAUUAAAAAUAACACUGUGGUCCCAAUAACUGUGAGAUAUUGGUUGUCUGUCAGCGAAGACAGAGGGUUAUGCAUGAUUGAAAUAGCUGUGGCUAAUGGAACUGCUAAUCGAUCACAGAAAUAUGUAUCUGAACCCUCGUCUGAGGUUGUGUUUGGACCCACUUUCCUGGGUGGUGUUCCAUUUCUUUCCAAGCUGUAUGGCAUCAGUGACAGUGUCUUUGGUUUUGUGGGCUGCAUCAUGGAGCUUCAGGUGAACUUUAAAGAACUGCAUAUAAUGAGAGAGGCUCGUGAAGGCCGAAACCUCCAGAACUGUGAUACACCAGUGUGUCAGCACCAACCAUGCCAAAAUGGUGGCACCUGCAUCAGUGAUGCAGAGACCUGGUUCUGCGUUUGUCCUCCGCUCUACUCAGGCAAGCUGUGUCAGUUCAGUGCCUGUGAACGCAACCCAUGUGCCCACGGCGCCACCUGUGUUCCCAAGAGUCCAUUGGAGGCAGUGUGUCUGUGCCCACAUGGGUGGCAAGGCCUCCUGUGUGACAAGGCCAUCAGAAUUACUCGACCCAGAUUUAGUGGUUUUGAUGAGUUUGGAUAUGCGUCCUACAUGGCAUACCCACCUCUUUCCAGCAUGAGCUACUUCUAUGAAUUACGGCUCAAACUGACAUUUUCCAAUAAUAGCACCGCCAUGAAAAAUAACCUUAUUCUCUUCUCUGGACAGAAAGGACAAGGCAUCACUGGAGAUGACUUCUUUGCCUUGGGAGUGAGAAACAGACGAAUCAUCCAUAAAUUCAACCUCGGUUCAGGGGUGGCGACCAUUGUGAGUGACCCCUUAAACCAGAGGAUCAAAAUACACACUGUGCACUUUGGACGAUAUCUUAGGGAUGGAUGGAUGAAGGUUGAUGGGCAAAGGAACAAGACUGGGUCAAGUCCCGGUAAUCUGGCAGCUUUGACUACCUUUAGUCCUCUUUAUGUGGGCGGCUACAGUGAACACAUUCCUGAGAUGCUGCCUUUAGGUGCCAGAUUCAAUAAUAGCUUUCAAGGUUGCAUUUUUAAUGUGCAAUUCCGGACCAGACAUGAUGGGAAGUUCCACACACUGGACAGGCCGGAAACCCACCCUAUAGCUGCCCGCAGUGUGGGUCAGUGUGGUAUAUCUCCAUGUAGCCUGCUUUCUUGUCACAAUGGAGGCACCUGUAUCGACUCUGGAUCCUCUGUGUAUUGCCAGUGUAGGUCUGGAUGGAAAGGUGCUCUCUGCUCUGAGAGUGUGUCCUUCUGUGAUCUGGAACGUGUCCCACCUCCAUCAUGUGCCCGUGGUGCUACAUGUGUUCCGCUUCCUGAAGGCUACAGCUGUCAGUGUCCUCUGGGCACCGGCGGCAAGUUCUGCCAGGAAGCUUUGUCAAUCAGCGACCCAUUUUUUGAAGCUAACCGGUCCUCCUGGAUGGCUUUUCCCCUCAUCCACAUGAGACACAGAACACACCUUCUGCUGCAGUUCAAGACGAUUUCACUGGAGGGCAUCCUGUUCUACACUGCACAGUAUCUGAAUGCCCAAGCUGGUGACUUCAUCAGUCUGUCUUUAUCUGGAGGAUUUGUACAGCUUCGCUACAAUCUUGGUGACAAAACAAUUGUUCUACAGUCUCCAAACAGAGUGGACCUGACAGGAAGCACAUGGCAUACAGUGAAAGCUGGGAGAGAAGGAAACCAAGGUUAUCUGGUUCUGGAUGAGCACAGCGUAAUUCGUGACCCCUCUAAGGGCAUGAGUACUCUGGAUAUCUCCACUGAAGUUUUCAUUGGCGGUGUGUCUGUCAUGGCUUCUGUUUCCCCAGAUGCAGUGGAGAAAGAGCCAAUCAGCUUCAGCGGGAGCAUUCGCGAAGUCAUCAUUAAUGGCCACGAGCUUGAGCUCACAGAGAGAGGGGCUCUACGAGGGGUGAACGUGAAAGAUUGGGAUGGAACUAAGUGUGGGUACAAAGUGUGUAGGAAUGGGGGUUACUGCAAAGCAAAUGGUCAUGAUUCAUUUAUUUGCAUUUGCCCAGCAGAAUGGACGGGUGCAUACUGUGAACAGUCUGUUUUUUGCAUAGGUGCUCUGUGCCAGCACAGUUCUCUCUGCAUUCCAAACAUUACAUCAGCCACAUAUUCCUGCCUGUGUGCCCUCGGAUGGCAUGGAACCUACUGCGAGCAGCGAGUGUUGAUGAGAACCAUUCACUUUGUUGGAAAAUCAUAUAUAAAAUACAGAGACCCCAAGUACAGCACAAGAGAUUUGAUGUACACACAAUUGUCAUUUAAUCUCUCGGCGAGCUCAGGAGACGGACUGAUUCUGUGGAUGGGCCAGGCAGAGAGUGAAGAUGAUGAUUAUCUUGCUGUAGGACUUCAGGAUGAUCAUCUCAAAAUAGCCAUUAACCUUGGUGAGAAGAUUGCAGUUCCUCUCAUUUCCCGAAACACAACCCUGUGCUGUGAUGAAUGGAAAUACAUAUCUAUUACUCUUAAUCACACAGUCAUUGAAGCUUAUGUUGAUGAAAAGCAGGUUAUUUUUGAAGAUAUUGACCCAUUUGAGCACUAUGUUUCCAUUAAUUAUGGAGGUGUUUAUUAUUUCGGAGGCUUUGAACUGAACAGAGACGUAGGGUGGGUUACAUCUGGUCUCUUUACAACAGGGUUUGUUGGCCGUAUCAAGGAUGUUCUUUUGUAUCAGGACACAAGUAUGAUGCAGCUUCUAGAAAUAUCUGAGGGCUUUAAUGUUUUUCAAGAAGAUGAUAAGUAA